AUGGCUGAUGACUGGGGAUGCAAUGUGGAUUUGUUCGGCGAGACCAGCAAACCGAGUUCUAAAUCCUUGACCGAGCUCGUGGAUAGCCUCACAAAGAAAAACAUGAACGGAAAUCGGCAACCCGCCCAAUCUACGCUGCAAGAAGCAGAAAACGUGAAGAUUGUUGCCUUCAAGCGUAAUGGAACCACCAAGAUUCCAAUGGUACAUGCCCCGAAAAUUCUGAAGAAAAAAAAGGCGAAUGGGCACCACAACAACAACAAUAACAUGAAAGUUCUCAACGAGGCUAAUCCAAAGAGAGUUCACUUCGAUAUUGAACAGUUUCUGUCACGAGAAGCAAGCAAAGGUGACCGGGUCGAGGCUCGUGAACGAAUGCUCACUUCUUUGGGAGCUGCUCCGUCGAAGCGCGACUACAUCAACUACAAGGAUCUGAAGAUCGAGAGAGCGCAGAAAAAGGCAGAGGCAAAAGCUCAUGCUGAAAUGUUUCACGCCAAUAGUCUCUCAAUGCUUAACACAAAGAAGAAAAGCAAAAAGAAGAAGUAA